GAAUUCCUUUCUCACAGGAGAAGCUGCAGACAGCUCUGCAGACGCUGAUGGAAAAUGAGAAAAGAUGUGAUGAGUGGCAGGAUGACCUUCAACAGCAGAGAGCUGACUGGGAGAACCAAAUACAGUACGAUAUAGAAAAUGUCCAGAUAGAGUUUAACAGACUGAGAAACCUCCUGAACUCCAAGGAGAAUGAGGAGAUGCAGAUGCUGGUGAAAGAGAAGGAGAAUGUUAUGAAAAAGCUGAGAGAGUCUGAAAACGAGCUGGAGCAGCAGAGGCAGUGGGUGAGAGACCUCGUGUCAGAUGUGGAACAUCAGUUGGAGCUCUCAGCCAUGGAAAUGCUGCAGGGUGUAAAUUAUGUCCUGACAAGGAGUCAGACCUUGACACUGAAAGAGCCCAAUAUUGUCUCCCACAAAAGAAGAAUGUUCCAAGUUUCAGAUCUAAAAAGAAUGCUGCAAGCAUUUAGAGGGCUCAUGGAUGUCCAGCAAUACUGGGUCCAUAUGACUCUACAUGCAAAGAACUAUGAAGUCAUUGCCAUUAACAGCGAAAAAGGACAAAUACAACAUCUGAGUUUCUAUAGGAGGAAUCUUAAAAUUUCUGAGACCUACCAUUUGGGUGUCCUGGGAUAUCCAGCUAUUUCCUCAGGGAAGCAUUACUGGGAAGUGGAUGUGUCUAAAAGUGAUGCCUGGCUCCUCGGAUUAAAUGAUGGGAAGUGUGCUCAACCCCAACUGCACUCAAUGGGUGAAAUGGCCUACAAAAUGCAACAUAUUUCUAAUGUUAAACAAAAUGGAAUGUAUCAGCCUAAAUAUGGCUACUGGGUUAUAGGGAUGAGGAAAAGGUCUGUAUACUAUGCCUUUGAUGAGUGUUAUGUCACUCGCAAUUCCAGUGUCUUGGCCCUCUCUCUGCGUGUUCCUCCUACUCGUGUUGGAGUUUUCCUGGACAGAGAAGCUUGCACUCUCUCAUUUUAUGAUGUUUCUAACGAUGGAGCUCUCAUCUAUAGGUUCUAUGACCCUGCCUUCCCUCUUAAAGUCUAUCCAUAUUUUAAUCCAAUGGAAUGUUCAGAGCCAAUGACAGUAUGCAGGCCACCCUCUUAA